GCGAUCAGCGCUGUCAGAAUACGAAAUGGCAGCCACCAUUGGGAGACUACUCAAGACCUCUGCAAAGGUUGCUUCUGGAGGACUGAAAGUAACAGCCUCGCCUCAUGGAACUACAUUGAGCAAGGCCUCAAGAACUUUCGCUUGUCCGGCACUACAGAGAACCUGUUUCUCAACCAGUACUGCUAGGUGGACUCCAGUAGUAACUCAACAUGCACCACAUUUUAAAGCUACUGCUGUCCACAAUGGAGAGUUUAAAGAGAUGAGCCUUGAUGACUUCAAGGGCAAAUAUCUGGUCCUUUUCUUCUACCCACUGGAUUUCACGUUCGUUUGCCCAACAGAAAUCAUCUCGUUCAGUGACAAGGCCAACGAGUUCCAUGACAUUAAUUGUGAAGUGGUGGGUGUGUCAGUGGAUUCUCACUUUACCCACCUGGCAUGGAUAAAUACCCCACGCAAGGCUGGGGGUUUGGGGCACAUUCAUAUCCCCCUGCUGGCAGACCUCAACAAACAGGUUUCCAGGGACUAUGGUGUACUUCUGGAGGGGCCUGGCAUUGCACUGAGGGGACUGUUUAUCAUCGAUCCAAAUGGUGUAGUGAAGCACAUGAGUGUGAACGACCUGCCAGUGGGCCGCUCCGUCGAUGAGACGCUGCGUCUGGUGAGGGCCUUCCAGUUUGUGGAGACUCACGGUGAAGUGUGUCCUGCUAGCUGGACCCCUGAUUCUCCUACAAUCAAGCCAACUCCCGAAGGUUCGAAGGAGUACUUUAACAAAGUCCAUGACUAAAGGACACACUUUUCAUUUAUAAAAUAUAUUGCUUAUCCCGAACUGAAAGGGCAAACUGUAUAGAAAUGCCAGAUACUUUCCAUUAGUUUUGGUGCAUUUAUUUGUAUUCAAAUGAGACAGAAAUAAAGAUUUGAAGUUGUCAGAGUUGAAACAUC